UAUUUUGUUUAUGUACAAAUGUUCAAAUCACAUAACUUAAGCAAGUAUACACUCUUACUUGGAAAAGAAGAAAAAUCCAUUACACCAAAGUUUACUGCGUAUGUGGAUCAGAAAUUCAUCUCUUUGAUGUCAUUAAGCUCUGAUGGAUGUAUAUAUGAAACCUUGAUACCAACAUAUUCAAUUGACACAGAAAAAAAUCAGAGGUUAGUUAGGUCAUUGGUGCUCAAGGCUGUUGUGUCUGGUGGUGCUCGAAAUCGAACUACACUCACCAUCCUGGAUCAAGAUCAUGUGGCAGUCCUAGGACCUCCGCUACCAGCUUCCAAGGAAGACUCAGAAAAACACAUUGAAGUAGAGCUACGUAAAUUUUUGGCCACGUCAACCCCUGACUUUCAUACUUUACUUGGAGACGUGGUAACAGGACCUAUGGGAAGACGUAAAGCAGAGCCAUCCUUUUAUCCCCAGAACUGUCUGAUGCAGCUCAUCCAAACACAUGUGCUUUCCUACAGCUUGUGCCCUGGCUUGAUGGAGAUUGCCUUAGAGCGCGCAGAUGUACAGAUGUUACAACUCUGCCUGCAGCAGUUCCCUGACAUUCCUGAGUCUGCGACCUGUGCCUGCUUAAAGCUCUUCUUAAGCAUUGGGGAUGACAGUCUGCAAGACAUGAGUGUCAGUAUGGAGUCAGUGUUUGAUUGUAGUGAUACCAUGCAAGAUGAGGAAAUGGAAGAGCAAACUGAAGUUGUUCAGAAUGGCUUCAGUCCCAAAGACAGUAACUGCAGUAACGAGAAUCAGGAGUUAAGUGAAAAGCCUGGAGCAGCAAAGACAGUCUCGUGCCCUGUGACACCAAAGCGAGCAGCUCUGCUAAAUGGAAUUCUACAUUCAGCCUAUAGUGAGACCUUCCUUCUGCCACACUUGAAGGACAUCCCUGCACAGCACAUCGUGCUACUUCUCCAGUAUUUGAAUUUCCUCUACCUCAGGUGUGGGAACGCCGCCAUGACUCUUCCUGGAGUAAACCCUCCAACCCUGAGCCAGAUUAUGGAUUGGAUAUGCCUACUUCUAGAUGCUAAUUUUACUGUUGUCUUAAUGAUACCAGAAGCAAAAAGGCUCUUGACUAAUCUUUACAAGUUUGUGAAGUCUCAGGGCAUGGAGUGUGAGGAUGCCAUGUGCAUGUGGAGAGAACAAGCAGAAGGCCCAGAGGAACACUACAUAGUGAUGGUCAAAUUAGGAGUUUUAUUAGCCUGCAGUCAGAGAAGGGGCCAACACCCCAAAGAACUCUCAACCCCAAAGAAAAGCAGGGUCUAAGAAUAUUGUGAGAAG